GAUUGAAGCGUCACGAUUAGCCCAUCUCCCCACAAUCAAAACGCGUGGCCGUUGGGGGCCCGCCACCGCUCGUGACCUGCAUCGUUAUCCCUUCGUUGCUCAUCCCCAUCCACAUCAGACUGUAUCUUCAUCCCCACCCCACCCAGAGUUCUGUGUGGUUCGUUAGUCGCCAUGGCCAAGCUUCAAUCAAGCAUGGUGGCGACGAGUUUGUGCUGGAACGGGGGUUUUGCUGGAACCAGGUUGUUUUUUGCUGGAUCCACCUAUUUUUAUUGCUACAAUCCUUUUUCUUUUUUGUUACCAUCCUCGUUCGAUUUUUUGCUGGAACCUCUAUUGAUUUUUGCUGGAACAACUUCUUUUUUUGCUGAAACCUUCUUUUGAUUUUGCUGCAAUUGACGGGAUGGUGGCGCCGUCACUGCCAUGAUUUUUUGAUGCAUCAGAUUUUUGCUGGAACCUCUUUUGGUUUUUGAUGGAACUAGCAUUUGAAUUUGCUGCAUAGGCUAUGAUGAUGUUGGGACGGCGACGGACACCGGCUACCAUGGGUCUUUGCUGCAUUGGUCUUUUUUUUGCUGGAACCAACAAUUAUUUUUGCUUCAACCAGCCUAUGAAGAGAUGGAACCGGCGAGAUUAUUUAUUGUUUUUGCUGGAACCUUUAUUUUUUUUCUUGGUAGAACAAAUUUUGGUUUUUUGCUGGAACCGGUGUUUUUUUUGCUACAUCAGGCUGAUUGUUUUGCUCCAAUAGAUUACUGGAGUUUUUGUUUUGCUUUUGUUGCUGAUUUUAUUUUUGCUAUAAUCGGCAUGGGGAAAGCUUCAACCGUGAAGAAAAGCACCAACCAGAGAGAGUGGGGAAAAGCUUGGAUCCGGCGAGGACCGGUGCUGCGAGGACGGCAAGCCGGCCGGGCUUCGAAGUCAGCGGCAGGGGCGGCCAUCGUGGGCUGCAUGAGUGAGGCGAGGAUGUGCUGGAGAUUCUCUUUUUUGUUUUGUUUCCACAUGAUGUAUCAGAGAAGAAAGGAGAAAGGGGACCAAAUCUGACGGUACAAAGAAUUGCUAUUGAACGGGUACGCGCUGACCGGUUCAAAUUUGCGCCGGCGCGCCGGCGCCUAUCAGCGCCCUAAGCGUAAAGCAUCGGCCCCCGUUCGUUCCUCAUAGAAACCCUAAGUUUGGCGGAGACUGCGGCGGCGGCGGCGGCGGCGAGAAUACCAGGCGGCAAGCCUGGUUAGCAAUCUCAACCAAAAAGGAAAGAGAAGAGAGAUCGAUGGCGGGUGGCGGCGGGGGAGUAGAGGUGAGGACGCCUCGGGAGAUGGAUCGGAAGCUGGAAGUUCCUUCCGAAGCAGAGAUCCUGAGGAUGGAGAUUGCAUCCCUGGUGAACCUGCUCAUGGAGAAGCAGUCUGACAUUCUUCCAUUCGACCCUGAGAUCGCGAGGAAGAUCACGUCCCUGAGGAGCGAGAUCGCAUGCCAAAAGUUGGAUCGCCUAAACUGCUUAUUCAGUUACAUAUUGCAACGGACGGAUGCCUUGUGCGACGAGAUGGCAUCAAUGGCAUCUAUUCUGGCCAAAGUCAGUGUCCCCGUCAUCUCCUAUUACAAGGUCUUCGAUCUGUUAAACGCGGCGCAGAGGUUAUCUAAGAUCUCCCUGGAUAUAUUACAUUCAACCGCGAAUGCAGAUAAAAAGAUGGCUGACCAAAAUGUUGAGGACCAGAGGACCAUGGAGGACAAAGGCAAAUCCAGCACCCACUGUUUUGAGAACCAGGGAACCAAGCAACAUGUGGAUGCAUCUGUAACAGAUCGGACAACGGGCCUUUGUAAAUCAAACAUGGAAACGCCGCAGAUGGCUGCCUACUGUCCUGAUGGCCAGAUGACUGAUGAGGAGGAUGAACAUUUCGUGGCAGCGGAUCCUGUAAGUGGCCUUUGCGACCAGCCGACUGUCCACUCUUAUGAGAACCAGAGUAACAAGGAGUACAUGGAGAUGAUUGAUCCCAUGACAGAUGAAGGCCAAUCAAGCACGGAGACGCAUGCGUCGAGGAUGAUGGACGAGGGCAAUUCAAACAAUCAAGGCAAAUCAAGCAACGAAAGCAAAUCAAGCACAAAGGCAGUGGUGAUGGUGCUGGAUUCCGAUGAGGAGCAUGAAGUGCGGGGUAUGACCAUGGAGAUGCGCAAAUAUUUGAAGAUGCUCGAAUUUGAGGAAGAGGAGGAGGAGGGGAAGAUGACCCCGGAGGAUUUAGCGAUGGCUGACCAAUUUGAAAAGGAGCUAUUAGAGAUGGAAGCCAACUUUCUCAAAGUCCAGGAGCAGGAUGAUAAGGACACGCCAAACUGGAUCUCUGUCUCACAUCAGGACGAGGCAGAGGAGAUGGAGAUGGAGGACAGGUUGUUUGCUAGACGCCGUAAAGGCUGGGAAUCUGCAUGGGGAGACCGCAGUGACUUCGAAGACAUGACCUUAUUGAGUCCUAUGCACUUUACACAUUGCACGCUGGGACUGAUCCCCUACACUGCUAGCACUGUGAGCGCCUUGCAGAUCUACUCUGUCAAGAUUGUUGAAACAAAGGGAAAGUUGAAGUGGCCACUCUAUGUCUACGGGGUCAUCUCUGCCCGAGAUGCCGUAGAUCACAACCGUAACAUUCUCUUCUCUCGGCAAAGGGAAGACUACCAAGAACUCACUCUAGAGGAUCCUUUUUUGCACCUGACUGGCCCGUCUCGGGCUAUUGUGGCUGUGGACAAUGUUGACUUCGAAAUCCAACUUAAAGUAAAGGGCACAACAUGGUCUGGUGACAAAGCAUUGAUCAGUCGCUUCGAGACUUACCCUGGUGGUUAUCGUGAAGGUUUAGAUACGGCGCUCUUCAGCAACUCCUUUUGCACAAUCCGGCUGGAUCCUUACUCCAUCUUCGACCGGUACUUCCGCGAGAAGGACGACAAGGGUGCCGGGAAGUGCAAGGGCAGCUUUGGAUGA